GUAUACGCACUUCCUUCCACGGAUGUCUCUCUCACCGGAGCAUCAGGGCAAUAACUGAGAUAUUUGCGCGAAUGGUCGAAGAUAUCGCAUUGGUACCGACCGAUCCGGUAAUUGUCGUUACAUAAUACUAACAAUAAAAGGACAUGGCAAGACAUAUUCAACAAGCUGUGGAGCCUCACAAAUAUUACUUUGCUCUCUCCCAAUCUCCUUCAAAACAUCCCCUGUAAUGAGGAAAACAUCGUAUGCAGCGACUUUUGUCGCUGUAGUCGUCAUUCUUGUCAUCAAUAUAUUAUCUUCACGUCUCCCGGAUUGGCUUAUUGCAAGAUAUGACACCGCGAACACGCAUGUAACAGUUCGCUAUGGGCUAAUGGAACGAUGCGAGUCUUCUGCCAUCAGCAUCCCUGGCCCCUCCAAAGGCGGACGUCUGGAAUACUCCGAUUACGAAUGUCGUCAAUUUCCUUCCCGCGUACAAGACAAAUGUGAUAACGAAAACCGCUUGUUCUGUGCUCUGUGGACCUCUGCUCAAUAUUUCACCGAGCUUGGUGUCGGUUUUGCAGCGAUGGGUUUAGUCGCUUUGGUCAUCGGCAUAAGCACCCACUCCAGAAGGAGAAGGGUCUGGAGAGCCGUCGCAGGUCUAGUCAUAUUGCACGCUGUGUUCCAACUUGUGACGUUCAUUCUCGUCACCGAGCUGUACCGCAAGGACCGAUUCCCGUCCUUCGAACACGCUAAGCCUGGUGUUGGUUAUGUCUUAAACGCGGUUUCUUGGGUUUUAGGCUUUGCUGUCGGAGCUGGCGUCAUCAUAACUGGUGUGGCUGCGGACCGCGGCCAUAAGUGGGCUGCUGGUCAUCGCUUCAGACCAUACAAACCCGUUCCAACUUAUGGUACAAAUGUAUAG